UUACCAGGUACACAGGACCCUACCUCCCUCACUCCCUUCAGGGUCUGAGCUAUAGGCAGUGCCUUCAGCUCUGGGCUCUGGCACCUUUAUCCUUGUUUGUGCGAUUAAGGACUUUCAAGUGUUGGUGGACUUAGGUGUGGAUCAAAGUGUUUCUCAAUAUCCUUGGUUCUACCUCUGCUGUCACAAACAUCAGCAUGGCAGGAUCUCGUUACCCUUCAUCUAAUCCAAAAAUAAAUCUCCAAGAAAUGAGCCAGGAUUUGCACUUCCAGCUGACAAGGAACCAAAAGGACUUCCAAAACCUCAAAGAGAAGUAUCUUAUAUAUGAGGCCAUGGCCUAUUCCCUGGCCAACCAGUUGAAGAAACUUAAGUGUGAAGAGAGUCAAGAACUCAUCGAGUCCGUGCUGAGGAGGCCACAGUCUGAGCAAGAGCAGGUGGCAAAGAAUCCUACACCUGCUGAGAUCCUCAGGAAACACAAUGUCCUAAUUCAAGACCAGGACCGAGAACUGAGACAGUUACACCAGAAGUUACAAGAAGGGAGAGUUAUGUCUCAGAUACUCCUUCAUCUUCUCAAGAAGCUCCUCACCCAGCAAGACCCUAACAACCGCCAGGGGCAGGAUUACCAACGACGACUAGCUGAGAUAAUCAGGAUGACAGAGCGCCUUGUUAGGAUGCUUGACCCAGAAAACAAAAAUGAUCCCGAAGAGAUGAAAGGAGAUCGAUUUGCCCCCAGAAAACAACAUUGAUCAAGUGGAGGAAGUCCAAGCCCUACCAUUAAGCAGGAUUUUGUGCAUUGACUAAAAGGAUUGGAAAUAUUUGAAGACCUCUAUUCCAGCAGCCACACUGAGCCCACCAGGGUUCCCAGGCCUAAUACUCUAGCUUUCCAUCAUGCUACAGGCAAUCCAGUAUCCCUCCAAUAAAUAACUUUCUCUCUUAA